UUCGUCUUCGUCUACAGUACUUGUUCUUGUUCUAUUUUCAUUUUGUUUGAUAGGAAAUAUGGUCAUAACUUAUUUGAUGAAGAUAAUUCUGUUGUUAUCUCUGUAUGACUAAGUCUACAUUUUAUAAUUAGACUUAAAAUUGAACAUUUUCUGUGAACAAGAUACUAUUACAACGUACAAAUUAAUCUAAUAGGCUAGCUAAGUGUAAUUGUUUUCCAUUACUAACUUACUUUUUGGAUUCCAUAAAAAUGUCUAAAGCUACUAGCCCUACACGUUUUAAUGGUGACAGAGAUCAUUUUUACGAUCCCACCUUCACCCAAGAAAUCAGCCAAAAGAUGAGGGUCCCAAAGAGGAUUAAAGUAGAUGGAGAGACAGAAGAUAUUAUAAGCAAUAAUCUACCUCCGAGUUCUUGGCAGCAGAAUGAUAAGUUUGACAUGCACGUUCCAGAUCGCAUCCUUGUGAUUGACAACAUUUAUAUGGAUUUGACUCAAGAUUCGAAAAGGGGUUAUUCAGGUCAAGACCAACAUUUUGGCACGAGGGCUCCACCACGAGAACUGCAGCUUGAGAAUUCAGUGAUGCCACCCGAUCCAGGAGUGGUGCGGGUACAGACCCCUCCAAGAGUGAUCAAGCUAGACGAGCACUAUUUCCCGUCAGCAGACGACGAGUUUGCCCCACAACAGCUGCCCAUGGAGCCUCUCCCAGUGUCCCGUGUUGACCAGAGCAAGGCUAUGGAUGUCUCCGUGGACCAGAGGUCUGCAGCGUUAGCCCAGAGAGAGUUGUAUAGUGUGGAAGGCAUGUCUACGGCUGAGGAGGUGGUACACUUGCGUCGCCAGUUGGCCAAGUUGAAUAGACGAGUGAUGGCAAUGGAACUUCACUCGCAGCAGCAAUGGAACCGAGAGAAAAUACUCUACUUCUCGGUCGCUGCAUACUUUCUGUUAAAAGGACUGGUCUGGCUCAAUCACUGAUGAACGUGAAGUAACUGUUCGUGUUCUUCGUAGUGACUUUGCAUCGCAAGUCUGCUCUCUCGGCCAUUCGUAUUUCAUACUAGUCUACUUCAAAUCUCACCUUAUCACAACUGAUUUCUUACAAGUUAACAAGUAUUUGAAGUAUUGCUGAUUGAUUGUCUAGAGAAGCCUAUAUGUUCGGUAGUUCUUUAGCAUAAGUUUUAAUUUGUUUGUAGUUUAAUAAAUUUUCAAAAUGAAUGGGUUUGAUUGUGUAGCUUUAUUAGUUUUAAGAACGGUUGUUAGCAGUUUUUAUCCUACUUUGAAGUGUUAGUCACUUGAAUUUCUGCCGACCAAGAGCAAGUUAUUCAAGUUUAUGACUCUUUCUUCAGUAUUGGUAUUAUAUAUAAUACAAAUAAAUUUAAAAAAAAUGUUAGGCUAAGUAAAUACUGGUUUAACUUAAAAAUUUAUUGGGUAGGUUUUCCAAAUUGAUCUGUAAAAUAAGAUACAAAACUGUACGUUACUUGGAAAAACUAUUUAAUCUUAAAUAUCAAGACCCUGAUUACUUCUGAAUUAAUUAAAACAUUUUUUCUUGUGGCCAAUGUUACCUUUUUGCACAUAACCUAAAAUAAUUUGUCAGAUAAUAGGUUAAUGUGAUGGAGUUAUAAUUGGAUGCAUCAACCAUAACUUGUUCUCUCAUUCAGAAAAUAUUCAGUGACAUUAUUUUUUUGUUAGAAUGCCAGAGAACAAGCUAUUGUUGACAAUCAGUACUUCUCUGAUGUGUAGUCAAUCUAUUGUAACACACACAGUCGUGUUGUUUAGGACAGUUGUUUAGGAAAUUCACCUACAAUAUAUACUUUUUUUACUAGUAAACACGUAUUUGAAGUGAUAGGGUCUUGGCAUUUAGGUUUAAUAACUGAAAUAUAUUAUGAUGUUGGUGCGCUGUUUAUCUUAUGAAUAAUAUGUUAUUAUCUCUGUAUUUUUGAAUGUUAUGACUAUAUUUUUAUCUUAAGUUCACAUAAAAAGCUGUACAUUUGGCAUUUAAGUAGUUUGGUUCUGAUUAUUUGUUACAAUUUUUAAACUGAAUAUUUUAAAGGUUUUUGUUUAACUUUUGAUAUUGUAUAUUUAAAUGAAGAAAAUGUCUGUUAUACAGUUUUCCUGGGUAAAUUCUGUGUAUAUUUAUAUAUUUAUCUGUUACUCAUUUCAUUGUAAAAAACUUAAAUUAUAUUGACUUAAAAAGC